AAAAUCUCAAGAGUCUGCCGUCCGCCGUUCCCCUGCCUCUACCUUCCAACUCUGCCUCCUCCGCCGCCGCAAGUCCACCCCCUUUGCUGCCUCCUGUCGCCGUUUGCUCUUAACAUUCCCCGGCGUCUCGUCUUCUGUGUGUCUCUCUCUCUCUCUCACCGACCAAGGCAUCAGUCGCCGCCGGUCAUCUGCCGACAUAAUACAGCAGCACAAGAAGGUGUAGCUACAUCAGGAUCCCCUGGCCAGUUCAUAGUUUUGCAGUUCUGGGAUUUGUUUUCAAGUCUCCUAUUGGAUACGUAAGUGUAUGCAAUGGUGGAAAACUCUGAGCAGUUAGAACACCUAGCCACGAGCCGAGCUACAGAAGAAGUAGAAGAACAAGGAGAAGAUGACGAAGUUUUGUGGUCUUCGGACUCUGAAAUUGGGGAUGCUUUGGAUUGGUUGGACGCCAAGGAUGAUGGCGAAGCGGGUGAGGGAAGUUUUGCGCUGAAUUCCAGGCGGCCAAAUGCUCAUGGUGGCCUCCAUUCUCGGCCUACCUCCUCAACGCUUCAACCUCUCUCCAAUCGUGAUCAGAAGUUCUCCCAUCAUAUCCGAGCUUCUCCUCUAGAGGAGUGGGAAGGGAGGAUGAACGUUGGGAUGUCUAACUCUGUUACGACUGCAAUUCGUGGGAGCGUGCGAGACAUGUCAAUCGGAAAAACUAAAACCACUGAAAAAGCAGAUCGUGCUACUGUUGAGCAGGCCAUUGAUUCUAGGACAAGGAUGGUUUUAUUCAAAAUGCUUAAUCGUGGGGUGUUUAAUGAUAUUAAUGGCUGUAUCUCAACUGGAAAAGAGGCAAAUGUCUACCAUGCAUCAAAAUCUGAUGGUCAAGAGCUGGCAAUUAAAGUGUACAAAACUUCAGUACUGGUCUUCAAGCUAAAGGCGGCUGGAAUCAGGUGCCCAACUCCUUACCUUUUGAGGCUACAUGUCCUGGCUAUGGAAUUUAUAGGGAAAGCUGGUUGGGCUGCACCCCGUCUUAAGGAUGCUAGCCUAUCGUUGGAUAAGUUGCGUGAGGGUUAUAUGGAGAUGGUUAUUGCCAUGCGGACAUUGUAUCAGAAAUGCAGAUUGGUACACGGGGACCUUAGUGAAUACAACAUUCUUUAUUUCGAGGGUCAUCUUCACAUAAUUGAUGUUUCUCAAGCUGUUGAUCUUGACCAUCCUCGGGCCCUUGAUUUCUUGCGUGAAGAUUGUGUUCAUGUUUCUGAUUUCUUUAAGAAACAUGGAGUCGGUGUGAUGAGUAUUAGGGAGCUGUUUGACUUUAUAGUCGACCCAACCAUUGCUGACGACUCCAUUGACAUCUACCUGGAACAGGUCCAACAAAAAAUAAUGGCCAGAGAUCCGACUGCUGAGGAUGAAAUUGCUGACUCCGUAUUUGUUCAGGCGUACAUUCCAAAAACUCUGGAUGAUGUGAAAAAUGCAGAGGAGGAUGUGAUACGGUUGACGAGUGGACAGGACACCGAAGACAUGUACUAUAAGACGAUCACGGGACUGAAGCAUGCUCUUCCUAGAGCUACAGGAACGAAGUCUUCUUCUGACGAUGAUGAUGGUAACUCGAAAGUAGAGAAAGGAAGGAAGCUUGAUGAUGAAGAAAAAGAGCCCUUGGCAGUUCAUCAGGAGGAUGCCAGUGGAGACGAAGAAGACUCGAGUGAUUCCUCGGACUAUGAUGAUGAUGAUGGGAGCAACGGUUCUGAGAAAGAGAGUCGCAGCGAGAAAAGGGCUGCUCGGAAAGAGAACAAGAAGAAAGUAAAAGAAGAGAAGAGGGAAGCUCGGAAGAGUAAAGUCCCCAAGGCCGUGAAGAAAAGAAAGAAGAAGUUGUCCAAAGCUAAGAAGACGAGGUAGACAAAGCUACCAUUGUUGGAUGUAAUCCUGUAAGUACAGUUUAUAUAGCUUAUAAUGAUCAUGAGGCAUUCGUUUGUUACGCUUAGACGGUGGAUUUGUAAAAACAGAGCAAGGAGCAAUUUUGACCCGUCUUCUGAAGUGAAAAAAGAAGUAGCAAUUUUGACAUAUGAGAGCGUUUACUUUGUGCAUAACAGCAGAAGUCAUCAACUGGAUACGAGGAGUAA